CGGUCGCCUCGGACCAGUCUCGCCCUUGCUGGAGAGGCUGAACGCACACAGCGGCCCGAUCUGCCAUGUCCUUGCCGCCCGUGGUGCGAUCGGCGUCCUUUACUGUCACAGCCUCUGGGAGCAGCCUACCGGGCAGCAAGCAGGUCGUUAUCGAGUCGCUUAAUGUGUUCACGCCAAGCGGCAGCGUUCUGUUAAUGGACUCCCGCAUCGUGGUUGUGCCGUCACGGCGGUACGCACUCGUCGGCCGGAACGGCGCAGGCAAGAGCGCGCUGCUUCAGCUCAUCUCGGAGGGCAAGCUGCCAGGAUGGCCGCCCUCCAUCACCACCGUGCUGGUGCGACAGGAGACCAUCCCAGGGUCCGUCGCCCUUCUGCAGUCGAUGCUUGACGCCCGCGCAGCCGCGUGGGAUCGGCCGGGACUAGAGGCGGAGAGAGACGCUCUGGAGGCACGCCUCGAGGGCGCUGACGCCGCAGCCGUCGCCUCCCUCUCCGAUCGGCUUGGAGAGGUGAUCGAUCUCCUGGAGACGAUAGACGGACCUCAGGCACAACAGCAUGCGCAGGGCAUUCUCCGAGGGUUACAGUUCGAGCCGGAGGACAGCGGGAAGGGGGAGAGCGAGCUGAGCAGCGGCUGGCAGCAGCGGCUGGCGCUGGCGCAGGCGCUCUUUGUGCAGCCGGACGUGCUUCUGCUCGACGAGCCAACCAACCACAUGGACCUCGCGGCCGUCCGGUGGCUGGAGGCGGAGCUCACGAGGACUCAGGCGACGGCCGUGAUCGUCAGCCACGACCCUGACUUUCUGACGGCGACGUGCAGCGACGUGCUCAGCAUCGAGGAGGAGCGGCUGGUGCACACGGCGGGCGGCUUCGAGAGCUACCUCGGCCGCCGGCAGCAGCUGUACAGACGCGACGAGGCGGUGAUGGAGAAGGCGCGCGUGAAGGAGGAGCGGCUCGCGUCCUCCCAAAAGGCGCAGCUCUCGAUCGAGGACCGGCACGUCGCCAGGACGCUGAAGAAGGUGGAGGAGGCGCAAAAGGCGCACGCGGUCAUCAACGUCAAGGCGCUCUGCGGGACGAUGAAGAAGAGCGGCGACGGCUCGGCGGCGCGGGCGGCGCAGCAGAAGAAGGCGCACCUUCAGCGAACUCUCAAGCUGGACGACGGCGAGAGGCUCGCACUAGAUUCUGAACAGACACCCACCAAGCACAAUUCGGCUGUGCUCAACGCCUCCGAGGCGACGGCGCGCGUGCAGGCGCGGCGCGCUUUUGAGCGCACACUCGCCUUCGAGUUCCGGGCGGGGACGCCGCUGUCGGGCGGUGCCCCUCUGCUGCGGCUGGACGAGGCGAGCAUCGGCCGUCCCGGGCGAGGCGCCGUGCUGAGAGAGGUGACGCUGGCCGUGGAGGCGGGCGCCAGGAUCGCCAUCCUCGGCUCCAACGGGGUGGGCAAGUCGACGCUCGGCGGCGCCGAGCUCCUCUCCGGCGACGUGAGCCGCAGGUCGCACUUGCGCGUGGCGUACCUGAGGCCCAAGCGCAGCGGGCAAAACCACCUCGAGCAGCUGGUGCACCACCUCGACAUGACCGCGGCCGAGUGCCUCGGCGCCGUCUCGCUCGCCGAGCACGCCAGCCAGCGGGUGGGCGACCUCUCAGGCGGUGAGCGCGUGCGGCUGAUCCUGGCAGCGGAGGUGCUGCCCGCGCUGCCGCACCUCAUAGUGCUCGACGAGCCGACCAACCACCUCGACCUCGACAGCCUCGACGCGCUGAAGGCCGGGCUGAGCAGCUUUCGCGGCGCCCUGCUGUGCAUCUCGCACCACCGCGACUUUGAGGCCGGCGAGGCGGAGGUGCCGCUCGUGCGGCGGCUGCGAGCGCUCGGCUUCCCACAGUAUGCGUGCAUCCGCGCGGCGCGCAUGACAAGCGGAGAGACGCUCGAGGCCCGCGUCGAGGCGGCGCAGCAGUGGCUCGAAACGCAGGGCGUCAGGCCGCGCCCACCGCCCACCUCGGGCGGGCCGCGACAGGCCGGCAACGUGCAAAGCGGGAGGGGCGGCCCGGAUCCGCCGCCAAGAGGGCAGCUGACGCGUCAGCGUUUUGCUCCAACCGCCGCCAAGACCGCCGAGCCCGCCAAGCCCAGGACCCCGGCGUCUGCCAAUCCGUGGGCGGCGCUGCACGGCGACGACGACGUGGACGACGAGGAGGCGAGGUGAGGGCUUCUGGUGGGGUGGGGACUGGGGAGGGGCGCCGGAGUGGGAGUCGGAAUGUCCCGUCUGAGAGAUGCGCGAUCGAAGAUUCGAUCUGGACGACGGCGGCAACGCGAUCAGCAGCAUGAGUCCGACGAAGACUGAGCCACGCGCACAGCCGCAGAAAGCGCGCCGCCGCAGCCUUGGUGAAGCGCGGGCGCCGCGCUAAGAGGGCCCUGCCGUUUGACUCCUCGUCGGGCGCGGCGGGGUAGUCGACCUCCCCAGCUCUGCCGACAACCCGGAGAUCCGCCAUCGGACAACCGGACCCUGGGAGCACGCCCGUUAAAGACUGGGAUUAGAUCUAAGGGGUGUUUCGACACCAAGUGUUUUGAACGCCGUCUCGGAAGAAAUCGUCAUGGAAAUUCUCUUGCCGACAGCGUUGGAAUGCGGAGAUAGUUACUGCUCUUUGUGUAGUGCCCCCCUCUUGGCACUUUACUCUCUCCUGUCCCGCGUGACUCUCUGUCUCACAUAUGAGUUUCUUCCCUCUGGAGGGCGACGCCGCGUGAGGCUCUUUCUUGCCUACAUACAGCUCUUGCCUAGGUAGGCAGGCUCUUUGCCUAUAACGAGACUAAGAAAG